GAGGAACUGUGGACCACUCAGGAGGGAGAGUGUCUUCUAGGGCAGGAGGAGGCUGAUGUCAGCAAGUUUCCACUGACUGUUGUCUCUGUGAAGACUGAAGAGCAUGAAGAGAAACCACCUGAGUCCUCACAGCUUCAUCACAGUCCAGGUGAGGAGAAGAGAGAGGCGGAGCCUCCAAGCAGCAGCUCAACACAACACAUGACAACAGAAGCUGAUGGAGACCACUGUGGAGGAUCACAAGCAGACACGCUCUUAGCUCCACUAUCAGAUAGCGACGACACAUCGUCACACGAUAAUGCAAGUAUGGAAUCAAACGUGAGAACAAACGCAGGAGAAAAAACCUUCAUUUGUUCCGUUUGCGCCAAAAGCUUUGGUGAAAACUUCAAGUUGAUUCGACACAUGCGGACGCACACGGGAGAAAAACCUUUCAUUUGCUCAAACUGCGGGAAAAAGUUCAGUCGAAAGGAAACGAUGCUUUCACACAUGAAAGUACACACAGGGGAAAACCUCUACAGUUGUUCCGUGUGCGCAAAAGGCUUCGUUCGAAACUCAAAUUUGGCCCAACACAUGAAAACGCACACGGGGGAAAGACCUUUUAGUUGUUCAUUGUGUGACAAAAGCUUCGCCGUCAAAAGUAAAAUGCAAAUACAUAUGAGAACGCACACCGGAGAAAAACCUUUCAGUUGUUCAGAGUGCGGCAACAGAUUCUCGAACAAAAGCAACAUGCAAAUACACAUGAGAACACACACAGGAGAAACCCUUUUUAGUUGUCCUCUCUGUGACAAACGAUUCUCCGUCAAAAGUAACAUGCAAACACACCUGAGAACACACGCAAGACAAUAACUUCAUUUUUUGGAAGUCCUCUGCAAAGUCACUAUCUGUCUACUCUAAAGGCAAGACUGUCAGUCCACCUUGUGCAGGGGUCGGCAACCUUUACCACUCAAAGAGCCAUUUUGACCAGUUUCACACAUUAAAGGAAACAAUGGGAGCCACAAAAAUCUUUUGAAAUUUAAAAUGAAAUAACACUGCAUACAAAGUUGUUUUUUUUUGCUUUGUGCUAUGUAUAAACCAAGGGUCUCAGACACGCUGCCCACACCUUGAUAUAAAAAUUGAAUGUUAGUGAGGCCCGCGAGAUUUAUGUGAGUGGCGCUUGACAACGUCAUACUUGUCAACCCUCCCGAUUUUUCCGGCAGACUACGAAUUUCAGGGCAACUAUUUUCUCGGACGUGCCGUGAUGGUACAGCAUUUAGCGCCCACUACAACCAGCGUGCCGGCGCAGCCACACGUUGUAUGGGACUUCUGCUUGCUCACAGAAGUGACAGCAAUGCAUACUUGGUCAAGAACCACACAGGUUACACUGACGGUGGCGGUAUACAAAAAACUUUAACACUCUUACUAAUAAUGCGCCACACUUUGAACCAAAACCAAACAAGAAUGACAAACACAUUUCGGGAGAACAUCUGCACCGUAACACAACAUAAACACAACAGAACAAAUACCCAGAAUCCCAUGCAGCCCUAACUCUUCCGGGCUACAUUAUACACCCCCGCUACCAAACCCCGCCCACCUCAACCGACGCACGGGCUCCAAUUAUGUCACACUAAAUAUUCCACUUUGAGAUAUUCUUUGGGAAAAAUGUUGCAUAUUUUGUGUUUGCCAUAUAAAAAAACUAAGCUGCUUUUUUUUUUUAAAAAAAGGGCCUAAAACGAACAAACCAAAAACAAAAACAACAAUAAAACUUAUAAAUGACGGAUAGAUCUGAAGAUGAUCUCGAGAUUAUUGUGUUAAAAGUCAACAGUAGAAAAAAUGUAUAAUGUAUUUUUAAAACUUUAAUGAGUAGGACCCUUUUGGGUCCCCAAUCAUUUUAGUGUGAUUUUUUUGUGCUCAAAAAAAUAAUAAUUAAUUAAAAUCAAAGUUGUUAGUAAUUGACCUUUUUAAUGCUCCAAUUAUUAUAUAAUCUCAAAUAUUCCACUUAAAAAUGUUAUUGGGUGAAAAUAUUGCAUAUUUUGUGUUUUUUCCAUGAAAAAUUGGCAAAAAAAGCAUACAACUUAAAUCUUUAAAAACUUUAUAUUGACAGAUAGACCUAAUGUUGAUCUAGAGAUUUCAACCUUGAAUAAUAAUACAAAUAAUAAUACUGAAUAAUGACACAUUUUUAAUAUUUUUUUUGACCAAAACCCUUUGUGGUCUCCGGGAUCAAGCCUGAGUGGAGGCCUAAAUGUAUAUAUUUUUUAUACAUAUAUUGUAUUGGUUUUUGAAAUAAAACAUAUCAAAAUGGCCCUCAGUGGAAAAAGUUUGGACACCCCUGCUGUACAUGAAUAUGUAUUUUUUAACUAUGUAUAACGUCAUUCUCCGGCCUGUAAGCCAUAAGUCAUAUCCUUCACAUCCGGCAGGUGGCGAUCUUGCACUAAUUCAGCGUUCAUCUGCUGUUAAAUAAAGACGAAGAAGAAGAAGAAGACAAGAUGGGGGGUGAAAGAAGAUGGCGUUAAACGAACACAAUGAGGUGUUGUCAUUAUGGUCAUAGUUGUGUCUGCGAUUCAGUUCUGUCUUCGUAAUGAGUGCGUGCAUGUACACUUUUAUGUAAACAUAGGAACUAGUUGUUUGUAUCCGGAUACAUUAGUCUGAGCGCGCGUCUCGUGCUAGCUGAGCUGGCUAGUUAGCUUAGCUUGUUAGCUGCUAACAAAGAGACGCGGAAGUUAUCAACACAUCGCUAAGUAGAGAUCAAAUGUGAGUGUAAAGUGUUGUGAUUGUGUGAAAAUGUGCGAAAGGACGAUAGCAAAGUACGAAGAGGAAGAACUUUGUCCAACAAAAGAGGAGAAGGAGCGACAACAUCAACUACUGGACGCUGUUUUCAAGAAACAUCAAGUUGUGUUACACAGAACAGAUGUCCAGCAGCCCCCCCACAUUAAAGAGGAAGAUGAGGAACCACAGCCCCCUCACAUUAAAGAUGAAGAGGAGGAACCACAGCCCCCUUACAUUAAAGAGGAAGAGGAGGAAGUGUGGAACACUCAGGAGGGAGAGUGUCUUCUAGGGCAGGAGGAGGCUGAUCUCACCAAGUUUCCACUGACUGUUGUCUCUGUGAAGACUGAAGAGCAUGAAGACAAACCACCUGAGUCCUCACAGCUUCAUCACAGUCCAGACGUCUGUCAAGAACAUCUUCUCCCUGAGCAGGACUGGAGCUCCAGGGUGGAGCAAAAGAAGCUACCACCCCCCAAAAUUAAAGAGGAGGAGGAGCCACAGCCCCCCUACAUCAAAGAGGAAGAGGAGGAACAAAGCAUCAGUCAGGACGAAGCGCAUUUUGAAGGACUGGAGGUUGGUGUGAUUGUGAAGGGUGAAGGUUAUGAGGUCAAAGGUGAAAGUGAGGAGAAGAGAGAGGCGGAGCCUCCAAGCAGCAGCUCAACACAACACAUGACAACAGAAGCUGAUGGAGACCACUGUGGAGGAUCACAAGCAGACAAGCUCUUAGCUCCACUAUCAGAUAGUGAGGACACAACGUCACACUCUCCUGAGGGUGAAGACACCGAGGUCCCUUUGAGCAGUCAUACAGACUGUGGAGGCGAUACGAGGACUCACACUGACAACAAACAUUCUGAAAGCUUUAAGAAAGAAACAUCUAGAAUAGUUUUUACCUGCUGGAUUUGUGCUAAAGAAUUCCUUCAUAUUGAUCAUUUUUAUUCACACAUGCAAGCACACACCGAAGGAAAACAUAAACGACAAGAGGAGGCUGAUCUCAGCAAGUUCCCACUGACUGUUGUCUCUGUGAAGACUGAAGAGCAUGAAGACAAACCACCUGAGUCCUCACAGCUUCAUCACAGUCCAAACGUCCUGCAGCUGCUUGGUCCUCAAGAAGAACCUCGCCCUCAGUCGAUGGAAGUGAGCCACACUUUGAAGCAGGAGGAUCCGCAGCCCCCCCACAUUAAAGAGGAAGAGGAGGAAGUGUGGAUCACUCAGGAGGGAGAGUGUCUUCUCGGGCAGGAGGAGGAUGAUCUCAGCAAGUUUCCACUGACUGUUGUCUCUGUGAAGACUGAAGAGCAUGAAGAGAAACCACCCGAGUCCUCACAGCUUCAUCACAGUCCAGGUGAGGAGAAGAGAGAGGCGGAGCCUCCAAGCAGCAGCUCAACACAACACAUGACAACAGAAGCUGAUGGAGACCACUGUGGAGGAUCACAAGCAGACAAGAUCUCAGCUCCACUAUCAGAUAGUGAGGACACAACGUCACACGUUAAUGUAAAUAGGAAAUCACACAUGACUACACAAACAGGUGAGAAACCCUUUGGUUGUUCAGUUUGCGGUAAAAGAUUUUCCUACAAAAGUAAAGCGCAAACCCACAUGAGAACUCACACAGGAAAAAAACCAUUUGGUUGUUCAGUUUGUGCAAAAUACUUUGUAACAAAGGGCAAUUUAACCAACCACAUGCGGACACACACAGGAGAAAAACCGUUCAUUUGCUCAAACUGCGGCAAGAGGUUUUCUCAAAGCGGAACCAUGCAGUCGCACAUGAGGACACACACGGGAGAAAAACCUUUCAUCUGCCUGAACUGUGGCAAAACGUUCUCGAGAAACUUUACCUUGAUUCAACACAUGCAGACGCACACGGGGGAAAAACCAUUCAGUUGUUCAAUUUGCUGUAAAGGCUUCUCCAACAAGCGGUCUAUGCAAACACACGCUCGAACGCACACAGGAGAAAGACCAUUCAGUUGUUCAGUUUGUGGUAAACGAUACGCUCACAAGCAGCAUAUGGAAAGACACAAGAGAUCACAUACAGGAGAAAAACCUUGAAGUUAAUCAGUGUGUGGUUUUUACCACACACUGAUUUUCUAACAAAAGUAAUAUCAGAAUACACACGGGAAAAUACAACUUUUGGAAGUCCUCUUUAAAUGGUCUCAUGCAGAGUCACUAACGGUCUUCUGCAGGGAUAUAGGUAGUGGUUAAAACGAAAGUCAAUAAAUGGUUUGUAAUUAGAGAUGUCCGAUAAUGGCUUUUUUGCCGAUAUUCCGAUAUUGUCCAACUCUUAAUUACCGAUACCAACCGAUACCGAUAUAUACAGUCGUGGAAUAAACACAAUAGUAUGCCUAAUUUUGUUGUGAUGCCCCGCUGGAUGCAUUAAACAAUGUAACAAGGUUUUCCAAAAUAAAUCAACUCAAGUUAUGGAUAAAAAAAAUGCCAACAUGGCACUGCCAUAUUUAUUAUUGAAGUCACAAAGUGCAUUAUUUUUUUUUAACAUGCCUCAAAACAGCAGCUUGGAAUUUGAGACAUGCUCUCCCUGAGAGAGCAUG